AGAAUAGGAAUGUCCUGGGGGAAUCUGCAGACUAUGUGCCAAAAGUAGUGCCUGCUGAACCAGAGGUUGCUGGGAGCAUGGAUGAAACCCCUGUAUUGGAAGCAGUGGUAGAAACCCCUGUAAUGGCAGCAGUGGUGGAGGCUACAGCCCUAGAAGCUCCAGUAGUGGAAGAGUCCAUUGUCAUGGAAGAGGUAGAACCUGUUGCAGCUGCAGUCGUGGAGUUUAUCCCAGCAGUAGAAGAAUCUAUCCCAGUGACAUUCGUGGAACCAACUAUGGCUGCAGUGGAAGAAUCCAUUGAGUUGGCAGAGGAGGAACCCAUUAUUGUUGAAGUGGAAGCUCCCAAGCCAAAGGAGGCAACAUCAGUGGAAGAUAUCAUCACUAAGAUAGAGGCUCUUGUCACCAUAGAAAAUGACACAGAAGCACCCCUCUUGGUGCCAGAGGUAGCACAGUCCACCCCAGAGGAAGCGUUCAGAGCAACACCAGAGGAGGCUGUUGAGGAAGGACCUGCAACAAUGAAGCCCAUAGCAACAGAUACACCUGUUACAGAGUUGGUCACAGAACCCAUUGUAACAGAAGCACCAGUUGCCGAGGAAGCGCCAGUGCCUAUAGCAACAGAACCAGAACCUGUUAUCAUAGAAGCAGUGGUGGAAGCUGAAGCACCCAUUGCCGCAGCAGUACUAGAAGCCAUAGCAACAGAACCCAUGGUUACAGAACAAGCACCUGUUACCAUUGAAGUGGCAGUGGCAGCAGAAGCACCCAUUACUGAGGUAGUAGCAGAAGCCAUAGCAGCAUCUGAAAAAGCCCCAGUCAUUGUAGAAGAGAAUGAACCUGACCCAGCACCACUCAUAGACCUAGCCCCAGCCAGAGACCUAGCCUCAGCCAUAGACCUAGCCCCAGCCAGAGACCUAGCCUCAGCCAUAGACCUAGCCCCAGCCAGAGACCUAGCCUCAGCCAGAGACCUAGCCCCAGCCAGAGACCUAGCCUCAGCCAUAGACCUAGCCCCAGCCAGAGACCUAGCUCCAGCACCAUUCAUAGACCUAGCCCCAGCCAUAGACCUAUCCCCAGCACCACUCAUAGACCUAGCCCCAGCCAUAUACCUAGACCCAGCCAGAGACCUAGCCUCAGCCAUAGACCUAGCCCCAGCCAGAGACCUAGCUCCAGCACCAUUCAUAGACCUAGCCCCAGCCAUAGACCUAUCCCCAGCACCACUCAUAGACCUAGCCCCAGCCAUAGACCUAGCCCCAGCCAUAGACCUAGCCCCAGCACCACUCAUAGACCUAGCCCCAGCCAUAGACCUAGCCCCAGCUCCACUCAUAGACCUAGCCCCAGCACCACUCAUAGACCUAGCCCCAGCCAUAGACCUAGCCCCAGCUCCACUCAUAGAACUAGCCCCAGUCAUAGAUCCAGCUACAACCCCAACUGUAGAGGACAAGGCUGCAGCAGCCCCAGCAGUGGAGCCCCUACCAGCACUCACCCAGGUGGUUCCACCAGGCGCAGAGCUAGCCGCUGCAGCCCCUCUAGCUGCCCUCUUAGAGGGUAAAGGUGUGGAGGAGGCAGCCCCUCUAGCUGCCCUCUUAGAGGGUAAAGGUAUGGAGGAGGCAGCCCCUCUAGCUGCCCUCUUAGAGGGUAAAGGUAUGGAGGAGGCAGCCCCUCUAGCUGCCCUCUUAGAGGGUAAAGGUAUGGAGGAGGCAGCCCCUCUAGCUGCCCUCUUAGAGGGUAAAGGUGUGGAGGAGGCAGCCCCUCUAGCUGCCCUCUUAGAGGGUAAAGAUGUGGAGGAGGCAGCCCCUGUAGCUGCCCUCUUAGAGGGUAAAGGUGUGGAGGAGGCAGCCCCUGUAGCUGCCCUCUUAGAGGGUAAAGGUAUGGAGGAGGCAGCCCCUGUAGCUGCCCUCUUAGAGGGUAAAGGUGUGGAGGAGGCAGCCCCUGUAGGAGUAGCAACAGCAUCCAUGGACCUGCUGGACCUGAAUGAUGAGGGCCUUGACGACCUGGACAUGUUUGAUCUGGACGAUGACAUCGACACCACAGACGUCAAUCUGGACGAUGACUUCUCAGACGACUGAAACUCUUUGAGAAAUGCCCUUAAAGUGACCAAAGAGCACAGUGUUGUUCAUACACCUAGUGAAUGGGAGUGUGUGUGUGGGGGACCAGGUGUUUUUACCUUUACAGUGAAACUGGUGAAAGGUGGGGUGGAUGAGUUCAUGUCUUUCCUUCUUCACACAUUAACUGUGAAACACAGUGGGAGGGUGUUUAUAGAAGGCUUUGGGUGAUAAUGAGGUGGACUGGGUUCAUUCAUUAGGAAUAAACACAGUAAAUGUUUUGAAACGGGAUACAAAUUUGCCUUCUUAUUGAACAGGUCAAAUGUACUGUGUCAAAUUGAUUUCUGGUUUCGCACAUGCUGAACACAACCCCGGGUUGUAUUCAUUAGUCGUAUUUCAUUGCAAAAUGUUUUGCAAUGGAAAUGGUUUACUCCAAAUACAAAACACAUUUUGUUCAUAGAGUAAACUUUUUCCAUUGCAAACAUUUAGCAAUGGCAUCCAACUAGUGGAUACACCAUGGUUUUAAAAUCCUUUGUACAGUACUUCAUCCUCCAACUCUCACAUUGACCUACAGUAUAGAAUGAUAGUGUGAACCAGUGGUCACUUGUUUACAUGUUUACCUUAUCCUCACACAUAGGAAGAUGGGUUUACUACUGUACCUCUUACCACUAGCUAAACAGGCUUUGAUCUUUCAUUCAUUAGUUAGGUCAUGAGCUUGUCUUCAGUAUCCCUCUACAUGUCUCGGCAAGCAUGCUGCUCUGCCAUGGUCUAGUAUCUUAUGCAUCUGCUGUUUUUAAUAAAGAGCUACUUCAUUGUUACAGAUGUGAACCCAAGUGCCUUAUGUAUGACUGGUCUGGAAUUAAAUGUUAUCAACUCAAUAAAGAUGACAAGUGUUUGUCUGAAUCAG